AUGCUUUCCCUCCACGUCCUCUUCCUCGGCGCCCUCGCCACCUUCGCCACCGCCCAGCAGAUCACCCUGACGCCGACCACCAUCCGCGGCGGCGCCUGCCCCAUAACCCUCACCUCGACCAUCAAGCAGACUCAGACUCAGACUCAGACCCAGACCCAAACCGUCACGUCCGUGUCCACGACGACGCGCACCUCGGUGUCGACCGUGACCUCGACCUCGACCGUCCGCCAGACCAUCACGUCGGUCGCCACCGUGACCCGUGCCUGCGUGAGCUGCCCGACGCUGACCGCCACCGCCACCGCCUGCCGAACCUGCCUCGUCCCCGGCUGCACCACAACAGUCGCCGUCAGCAAGCCCUGCGGCUGCGACAACCUCGCCACCACCUCCAUCGACCUCGGCUGCGACGCCCCCAACGUCUGCAACAGGAUCGGCUGCAAGACCGUCUACGACAUCAAGACUGCUGCGUGUUAA